UGACUCUAUCGGCGCCGUUCGUGAAGAACCGGAAACGGUAACGGAUCCGUUCCUUGCGCAUCAUAGUUACUCCGUGUGACUUGAAUUCGAGACUUCAAUGCGGUCCCUUCGGUUUCGCUGAUCAAGCGUUGGUGUGUGCUAUAAAAGAUUUGAAAUCCGGCCGGUGCUCCGCCGUCGUUGAGGCGCGGCUCCUUCGGUUCUGGGAAGCAAGAAACGUGAAACGUGGCGGCGAGCUCAUGUGGGCUGACCUCCUUUUGGUGGACGUCAAUGGCACUAUUAUGCAGGCAAGCAUAAGCUCUAACCGUCUCCCACGAUACCAGGAACAACUCAUUGCCGGUACAAUGUUUUCGAUUUCUGGUUUUGACGUCGCUAGGUGUGCGCAGAACUUCCGGCUUACGGAUUCUUCUCUCCACAUCCGGUUCAGCGAAACAACCUCCUUUAAGGAAUUGUCCGACCCGGUUUCACCUUUGCCCACGGAAGCUUUCCGGUUCCGUAACCAGUCGGAGUUGCAUGGACUGGCAAACACGAACAGUCACUUACCAGACAUCAUAGGGGAGAUCCUUGGGGUGAGGAGUACCGUAACUGAUCCUCCUGAAGCAAAGAAUCGUGUGAUGGUGACUAUCAGGCUGGACAGUGAUGACACUGUCACUCUAAGCCUAUUUGACUCCCAGGCUGUUGCUUUCCAUAUGCAACUUGAGUCAAUGCGUGAUGAUCCGAAGGUCAUUGUUGCCACCAGCAUAAACCCGAAACUGGUUGGAGGUCGUUUGUUUCUCAAUGCCACAUCUGGAACACAUGUGUAUUUCGAUAAGCAGACCGAUGCAGGAAGCGCCCGUUUCUAUCAAUUGGUCGCCAGAGACACGGGUCUACCGUCAGCCGCUCCGCUGCUCAGGUCGUAUGCAAAGGUCGAGAAGAUGACUAUUGCUGAGCUCAGCAAUUUUGUCGUUACUGCUGCGUCCCAGGAAAUUGAUUUUCUGUGUACUGGGAAGGUUGUUCGUGUGGAAGCAGAGAAGGGUUGGUGUUAUGUUGCGUGCUCUAAGUGCAGUAAGAAACUGCAGCGUAGUUCAUCUGCCUUGGUGUGUGGACGUUGCGAUAACUCACAUGCUAUUGGGACUCUCCGCUAUCGUGUGGAAACGGUGAUAUCUGAUGAUUCCGGCGAAGGCACGUUCGUCUGGUUUGAUGGUGUGAUGACCAAGCUGCAUAGUCUUCGAGCAAGUGAGGCUGUACAGAUGCUGGGUGAAGAGGGAGUGAAUCCAGAAGACUCAAUGGUACCUCCGUUCAUCACAGAAAUGGAAGGAAACACAUACACGUUCCAAGUGAGAGUUACUGCAUACAAUUUCACUGAACACCAUAAGACCUUCACUAUCACGCGUGUAGAUAAGGACCAUGGUCGGCUGCCAAAUGAUGACGUCGAUGACAAUGGGUGACGAUGGUGAUGAUGAUGACAAAUCGCCUGGAAAGCAGUCCACCGGUGGAAACGGAGAUGGGGAUGGGACUGGUGGGACACCAUCGGAUGGGGGUGUGAUCACAGGGGGUAAGGCGCGUGGGAGUACUGAUAUGGCAUCACCUGCUGGGGUGAAGAAGGCGAGAGUUGAAUGAGACUAUGCUCAGUCGCUCAUAUUUAAUAAUGCAUAUGCAGUAUCUUUAAUUGUCGUGUGUUUGAAAUUUGCUUUGGAUAUUUGAUUUGGAUGUUUGCUUUGGAUAUUCCCAUAUAUAUGGGUUAUUGAAAUUAAAAUUUUAAGACUUA